AUGAGCGGUGCAGGAAUGAACGUCAACUCAGUCAUGGCACCGCUAUCUCCAGGACUAAAUGUCAAUUUAUCUCCAGGACUAAACCCCAUCGACACCCCACCAAUGGCAGCUCCAUCUCCAAGACUGAGUCUCACCACCACCCCACCGAUGGCAGCGAUAUCUCCAAGACUGAGCCUCACCUCUACCCCAGUGAUGGCUACCUCGUCUCUAGUAAAGAGUGCCUCUCCAUCCAUUGCUUCCUUGUCUCCUGGACUGUUCUCACCCUCUCUGUCCUCUCUGAGCCCAGAGAGAAGGGCCUCCUCCCCCUUCGGCAGGUCCUCCAGCAGGUCCCCCACCCCAUCCAUCAUGACAUCCCCAAAGCUGUGGCAGAAAACCUCCAUCUCCAGACUGGCAGAGGAGUUCUUCUGGAUUGGUGGAAGCAUUGUAGCACAACCCAAAUGGAGACUGGGUCAAUAUGGUAAGCGACUGAUGGAGAUAUGAUAUUUGACAUAUAUUUUGUCUUCCCUCAAAUUAUUUAAUUACUUAUUAUUUGGGGAGGAUACACAGCUGUAAAUCAUUAGCCACUAAAUUUGAACAAAAUGUACGAAAUAAGGUAGCAUAUUUUAUAACACCUGCAAUUGCCUCCUAAACCUUUCCCACCAUAAGAGAGUGAAAAUUCCGGUAACAUGUACGCAGGUAACAUGAGUAGAUGAUGGGUAUAUGGACUCCACACAAUCCCUAGAGAUUAGACUGAGUGAUGCAGACUAGUGGGCAUCACGUGUCCCUCUCUCUACUCCAGAUUACCGAAGAAGGUUACCUGCUCUUACUGUCAUGCUCAAAAAUACCAUACAAACAUACAUGCCAUUCAAACAUGUCAUGGGACAGGGGGUCCUAAGAGAAUGGGAGCCAGCUCAAUUAGAAAGACAGAGUCAACUGUAGAUAGGCCUACAGUAUGCACUAUCAAUUAGUCAGUAUAAGAGCGUAAUAUUCUACACUACAGAUAUUGCAAGGAUUAAGUAUUUAUCUAUGUUGUCAGCUAAUCUAAUAAUCAACUGCUAGUUGGUAAAUCUCUGCUUGAACCAUGCUAUUCUCCUCAAUUAAUCUGAAAGGGAUUAUAUGGGGGGCUUCCCCAGUGUUGUGAAAUAACAUUUGUAAUGUCACCUGUUGAUUGAAAGAUAAUUCAGUACUGUAGGACAUAUGAGGCAACACAUGCUCAUGACAAGUCUUGCAAUGCACUAGGACAGGGUUCUUCAAUUCCGGUCCUGGAGGGCCGAAACACCUCUGUUUUUCAUCCUCUCCUUCUAAUCAGGGGCUAAUUCAGACCUGGGACACCAGGUGAGUGCAAUUAACUACCAGGUAGAAAUAAAAAACAGAAGUGUUUCAGCCCUCCAGGAGCGGAAUUGAAGAACCCUGCACUAGGAUCUGUCUUUGUUGUCCCAGUAAACAAUUAAUAAAUGGGCCCAAAUGGACUAGCGUUCUAUACAGGGGGUGUACUUGUACAUCAAGCUGCCUCACGCUACAGAAACAGGAUAUAAUCUCCGACUCCUAUGAGCCAUUCCGGCUCGCACAAGCCAAGGCUCGUGCAAGGCUACUUACUUACUCUAUAUGGGCCCAAAUGCUACAGUUUUAGGGCACACAAGAACAGUACAUGGUCAGGAUGCCCUGUACCGUAUGAGUACAGAGGCCAUCUGAUGACCCCGUGUGUGUGUGCCUUCCUCCCUCCCUGUGGCCUGUCUGCAGUGGAGAGGUGUAUGUGCACCAUGCAGACUGGCACCCAGAUGACCAAACUGAAAGGGAAGAAGAAGGGGCUGGUCAGGUUCUUCUACCUGGAUGAACACAAGUCCUGCAUCCGCUGGAGGCCCUCCAGGAAGCACGAUAAGGCUAAAAGUGAGUCAGACAAGGAAUGUUUCAGAUAGGGUUUUAUACUGGUACCAUGAGGAAUACUCUUACAUUUUUACUUGGUCUACAUUCAACAGUUUACCAGCCCUAUUCCAUUAGAUAUUUGAACAUAAUGUACAAAUGUGCACACUGCAUGUGUGUAUUACCACCUUAUAACUCAUGUGAAAUAGCUAUGAGAUUUCUGAAAAAUUAACAGGUUAUUACAGCUGAUUGACUGCUAGAAUACAUUCUUAUUCAUUUUCAUGUUGAUUCUCUCCAGUAACCAUUGACUCCAUCCACGAGGUGUGUGAGGGCAAGAAGUCUGAGAUCUUCCAGCGCUAUGCAGACAGUUGCUUCGACCCCAACUGCUGCUUCAGUAUUUACCAUGGUGACCACGUGGAGUCUCUUGACCUGGUCUCCACUAACGGAGAUGAGGCCCGGACCUGGAUUACUGGCCUGAAAUACCUCAUGGCUGGCAUCAGUGACGAGGACAGUCUGGCAAAGAGACAACGCAAAAGGGACCAAUAUCCUUUACUCUGUCGCUAUGGAGCAUAUCACUCAUAGGGUCCUUUUAACCGAUUUAUGAAGAUAGAACAUAGACUAUCCUAUAAGAGCAUAGAAUACAUCCAUUUGACUGAUAGAAUAGGACCUGAAUAUCAUCAGCCUGUGGGCAUUUGAUUCAAUUAGGAUAUGAUACUUUCCAACGUUUGUGUAAAAUUAUGUGUAGCAAUACACGCAAUUCCAGUGAUGUCUUGUCACAUAGGAUGUAUUUUGAUACACACUAAAAGAAAUGUCAUUGGUCACUGGUCUCCGUGUCUCAUCCUUAACUCUUAUUCCACAUGGUUACAGCAGACCUUCUCAGAGGCAGACAAAAAUGGGGAUGGUAAUUUGAGCCUGGGAGAGGUUCUUCAGUUACUCCACAAACUCAACGUGAACCUGCCCAGGCAGAAAGUCAGAGAGAUGUUUAAGGUAAGAUCAUAUUCAGACGUUCCUAGAUCUGGAGUGCAGGUUGAUGUUCUUGUAUCUCAAUGUUUCUCAUUACAUCCUAGAAUACAAUAACAAGAAAUGGUCAUCUUUUAAAAGUAGUUUUACAGAAGGUCAUUAUAUGUAUCAUGUGGGUAAACAUAUAUAAAACAAAACCCAGCAUCAAUUAUGAACUAGUUCGCAAGAGCUUGCAUUUCAGGUGUCCUUACAUGGUUUGGCACACAAUGUAUAGUGUUGUAUAUACAUUUACAUUUACGUCAUUUAGCAGACACUCUUAUCCAGAGUGACUCACAAAUUGGUGCAUUCACCUUAUAGCCAGUGGGAUAACCACUUUACAAUGUUUUUUUUUGUUUUUUGUUUUUGUUUUUUUGGGGGGGUGGGGUGGGGUAAGGGGGGGGGUAGAAGGAUUACUUUAUCCUAUCCCAGGUAUUCCUUAAAGAGGUGGGGUUUCAAAUGUCUCCGGAAGGUGGUGAGUGACUCCGCUGUCCUGGCGUCGUGAGGGAGCUUGUUCCACCAUUGGGGUGCCAGAGCAGCGAACAGUUUUGACUGGGCUGAGCGGGAACUGUGCUUCCGCAGAGGUAGGGGAGCCAGCAGGCCAGAGGUGGAUGAACGCAAUGCCCUCGUUUGGGUGUAGGGACUGAUCAGAGCCUGAAGAUAUACUGUAGCUAUCCCAUAGUUCUGUCUGAAAGGUGAGAGGACUUAACCCUAGGCUGCUUUAGAAGCCAGCAACAGGGUUUCACUGUGACAAGACUCUUCCAGAGGGGUUUUAGGGGUCAAAGAUCAUGGCCUAACAACUUGAUCUCCAAUCCUAGCUUAGGAUGUGUUGUCUUGUCUCAGGAUUUCCUAGCCGUACCUUGAGAGAGUGCAGGUUGGUCGCUGUACGUGAGAAGCACGCUACAGGAAGACCAGGCCAUAUGGUCACCGUUGAACAGAACAGAUGGCUAUGGUUGUAUUAGCCUGCUGUAUGUGUUCACACUAUGCUCCAGUAAUUCACAUUGCAUUACCUGUCUUCUAUCUUUCUUAACCCCUCAUGUCAAACACAGUUUUGUUUUGUGGCUGUGCAAGAAGGAUUUGUUCUGUGUAUUUAUCUCAAUCUAUCAGUGGCUUGGAAAUACAAUGACAUUCCUAAAGGGCCAAGUAAUUAUACAGAACAAAAAUAUAAACGCAACAUGUAAAGUGUUGGUCCCAUGUUUCCUGAGCUGAAAAAUAAAAUCCUGCUAUUUUCCAUACGCACAAAAUGCUUAUUUCGCUCAAAUUUGUGCACAAAGGUGAUUACACCCUGUUAGUGAGCAUUUCUCCUUUCCCAAGAUUAUCCAUCCACCUGACAGGUGUGACAUAUCAAGAAGCUGAUUAAACGGCAUGAUCAUUACACAGGUGCUCUUUGUGCUGGGGACAAAAAAAGGCCACUCUAAAAUGUACAGUUUUGUCACAAAACACAAUGCCACAGAUGUCUCAAGUUUUGAGGGAGUGUGCAAUUGGCAUGCUGACUGCAGGAAUGUCUACAAGAGCUAUUGCCAGAUAAUUGAAUGUUCAUUCCUCUACCAUAAGCAGCCUCGAAUGUUGUUUUAGAGAAAUUGGCAGUACGUCCAACCAGCCUCACAACCACAGACCAUGUGUGACCAUGGCAGCCCAGGACCUCAACAUCCGGCUUCUUCACCUGAAAGAUCGUCUGAGACCGGCCACCCGGACAGCUGAUGAAACUGUGGGUUUGCACAACUCAAGAAUUUCUGCACUAACUGUCAGAAACCGUCUCAGGCACGCUGUGCUCUUUGCGGAUGGAUCCCGGUUUCAACUGUACUGGGAAGAUGUCAGACAGCGUGUAUGGUGUCGUGUGGGCGAGCGGUUUGCUGAUGUCAACGUUGAAACAGAGGGCCCCUUGUUGCCGGUGUGGUAAUGGUAUGGGCAGGCAUAAGCUACGGACAACAAACACAAUUGCAUUUUAUGAAUGGCAAUUUGAAUGCACAGAGAUACUGUGACGAGAUCCUGACGCCCAUUGUCGUGCCAUUCAUCUGCUGCCAUCACCUCAUAUUUCAGAAUGAUAAUGCAUGGCCCCGUGUCGCAAGGAUCUGUACACAAUUCCUGGAAGCUGAAAAUGUCCCAGUUCUUCCAUGGCCUGCAUACUCACCAGACAUGUUUGGGGUGCUCUGAAUCGGCGCACAGCAACUUCGCAGUGCUAUUGAAGAGGAGCGGGACAACAUUCCACAAGCCACAAUCAACAGCCUGAUCAACUCUAUGUGAAGGAGAUGUGUCGCGCUGCAUGAGGCAAAUGGUGGUCACACCAGAUACUGACUGGUUUUCUGAUCCACGGCCCUACCUUUUUUGGGGGGGGGGUAUCUGUGACCAACAGAUGCAUAUCUGUAUUCCCAGUCAUGUGAAAUCCAUAGAAUAGGGCCUAAUGAAUUUAUUUCAGUUGACUGAUUUCCUUACAUGAACUGUAACUCAGUAACAUCUUUGAAAUUGUUGCAUGUUGCGUUUAUAUUUUUUGUUUAAUGUAGUUGGAAAUCCUUUUGUCAUUAUUGUGAUGUCACCAGAUUGACUUUAGAUGCAGUAUAAUUUUAGCAAGCUAACUUUAGCAUUGCUAGCUAUUUUUGACAAACUUUGCUAGCUAAUAACAACUUUGCCUUCUGUCUAAAGUAAAUUUGACAACAUGAUAAUCAUGAAAGUUGAUUCCUACUAUAUAUUUGCCUACUUUAGUAAUGUCAUCGUAUUUCCAGGCCACUAUAGUGUAAUUUAGACUAAACAGUCAUUAGGCCCAGUUCAGAAUGAGUGGGCAUCACUGGACUUUUGGGCACCAAUAUGGCUGCGGCAUCUUUAGAACGUUCCUAACAAUGGCAACGAUGCGACAGAGUGACUGAGGUGUAACCCAUGUCAAUGACAGAGUGACUGAGGUGUAACCCAUGUCAAUGACAGAGUGACUGAGGUGUAACCCAUGUCAAUGACAGAGUGACUGAGGUGUAACCCAUGGAUAUUGCACCAAAAAGGGUUCUGCUAUCGUUGCAACCCUUUUUGGUGCUGUAUAGAACCCUUUUGAAUGGUUCUUUAUAGAUCCUUUGUGGAGAAUGAUUCUAUAAAAACCCUUUCUUAAUCUCAAAGGUUCUACAAAUAACCUUUUGAAGAACCAUACAGGCAGAGACGGGCAGUAUUUAUGUUGUAUUUGAAAUACGUAUUGAAUUACUUUUGAAUUACUUUUCAGUAUUUUGUAAUUUUUGUUACACUGGCCUGAACUACAAUCCAAUGUAUUUUGUAACAAGAUACUUUCGAGAGCUGUAAUUUGUAUUUUAAAAAUACAAAAUACUUUUCUAUAAAAAUUAAUUUUUAGCAGUAUACAUCACAGUCAAAAGUUUUUUUAUUCCCGUUACCGAGAAUGUUGUUGUAGUUAAGGCGUCUACUUGCAAAUGUAUUUUGUAUUUUCAAAAUACAAAAUACCUAAAAUACCUGUAUUUUAUCAAUCUAGAUCUUGUAUUUUGUAUUUUAUUUUUUGGUCGGUCGGGUAUUUUGUAUUUGUAACAAGAUCAUUUUAGAUGAAUCUUUUCCCCAUCUAAGCAUACAGGAUUAUUUUGUCUGGUUAGCCAUAUUAUAUAUUUUUUAAACUCCUUAGGUGUUAUUAUUGUGUUAAUUAACAAGUUGAAUCAGGUGUGCUACCUCUGGAACAGCUGCGGGUCCCUGAGGAGAGAAUUAAGAAACCCUUGAUUUAGACAACAGUUCUCAAAUGAUGCAAGGCCAUAUGUGAGUCUUUCACAAGACACCGUCACUGGCCAUAGUCAUAUUUAACAUGUAAUCGCAUAACACAACAGAUUAGAUACACUGUAAUGACACUCUCACUCAUUGCUGCACAAAAAGAGCUGCGAGCAAACCACGCCACAAAAUGUUUGAAUGAGCUGCCGCCCCUACAUUUUAAUUAUCACUAAAAGAGGAAAGAACCAUUUUCUGAACUGCAAAGAACCAUUGAAGGGUUCGAAGGGUUCUUUGAGUCAUUAUGGUUUCAAAUAGAACCAUCACCCUUCCCAAAGAACCCUUGAGGAACCCUCUUUUCUAAGUGGUUAACACUCACCCUAACCUUAACCCUAACCCUAAAUAUUUUUUUUCCAUCCUCAGAAAGCAGACACAGAUGACAACCAGGGUUCGUUAGCUUUUGAAGAAUUCUGUACCUUCUAUAAGAUGAUGUCUACACGCAGAGGCCUCUAUCUCAUCAUGCUCUCCUACAGUAAUAACAAAGAGUUCAUGGACCUAAAUGACCUGGUCCAUUUCAUGGAAAAUGAACAGAAGGUAAAACUGAAUUAAAAGCAGAAUGUAACGGUAUUUUUAAAAUUAUUUAAUCAUUAUUGCUCAUUUUUCAUCACAAUGUUUCUGUUUGGUAGAUGGCGGGUGUAACCAGAGAAUAUUGUCUGGAGAUAGUCAGCCAGUUUGAGCCAUGUUCUCAAAACUUACAGAAUAUGGUUCUGGGCAUCGAUGGUAAGGAUUUUACAUUAAAGUAGUUUUCAUGACACAAGCGCGUGUCAUUUAAGAAUCACAGCCCACAGAAAUAGCCAAAGACACAUGAACAGACAUGGUGUAUCUCCAAGUACAGUAACAGUAUGUAAAUUACAGAAAAGUCACAUAUCCCAUUUCUUCCCUCAGGUUUCACCAAUUACAUGCGAAGUCCUGCAGGAGACAUCUUUAACCCAGACCACCAUCAUGUGCACCAGGACAUGACCCAGCCCCUGUGUAACUACUUCAUAGCCUCGUCCCACAACACCUACCUGACAGGGGACCAGCUUCUGUCUGAGUCCAGGGUAGACAUGUAUGCCUAUGUGCUCCAGGCUGGCUGUCGCUGUGUGGAAGGUAAGCUUAGACACUAUAAUGACCCUUCAACUGCCUCCCUACCCAAAACAUUGCAAUGCUGUACUCCUACUUGCUGUACUCAAUGCUGUACUCAAACUGUAACCAGUGCCUGCAACCUGGUUCAGGUUAUCAGUCAACCUACCAGGGUAGUUACAAACAGUACAGGAAUUAAAUCAUCAACAUGUAUUGAUCAUAUCUUUACUAAUGCUGCAGAGAUUUGUUUGAAAACAGUAUCCAAAUCCAUUGGAUAUAGUAGCCAUAUCUAGGAAAAUCAAAGUUCCAAAGGCUGGGCCUAAUAUUGUGUAUAAGAGGUCAUACAAUAUGUUUUGUAGUGAUUCCUAUGUUGUUGAUGUAAAGAAUAUAUGUUGGUACGUGGUGUGUAAUGAGGAGCAAACAGACACUGCACUUGACACAAUUAUGAAAUUGCUUAUUUCAGUUACUAAUAAUAAGCAUUCCCCCAUUAAGAAAAAGACUGUAAAAACUGUUACAUAAUUGUAUGGUUGAGAGGGAUGGCAAAUAAGUCUGGCUGCACAACCGAUUGGCAAACAUAUUGCAAAUUGAGAAAUCAUGUGACUAAAUUGAAUAAAAAGAAGAAGAAAGUACACUAUGAAACAAAGAUAAGUGACAUAAAGAAUGAUAGUAAAAAGCUUUGGAGCACCUUAAAUUACAUUUUGGGAAAAAAGGCAAACUCAGCUCCAUCAUUCAUUGAAUCAGAUGGCUCAUUCAUCACAAAACCAACUGAUAUUGCCAACUACUUUAAUGAUUUUUUCAUUGGCAAGAUUAGCAAUCUUAGGCAUGACAUGCCAGCAACAAUUGUGACACUACACAUCCAAGUAUGUCUGACCAAAUUAUGAAAGACAAACGUUGUAAUUUUGAAUUCCGUAAAGUGAGUGUGGAAGAGGUGAUAAAAGUAUUGUUGUCUAUCAACAAUGACCUGCCACUGGGGUCUGACAACUUGGAUGGAAUAUUACUGAGGAUAAUAGUGGACGAUAUUGGCACUCCUAUUUGCCAUAUUUUCAAUUUAAGCCUACUAGAAUGUGUGUGCCCCCAGGCUUGGAGGGAAGCAAAUGUAAUUCCGCUACCUAAGAAUAGCAAAGCCCCCUUUACUGGCUCAAAUAGCCGACCAAUUAGCCUGUUACCAACCCUUAGUAAACUAUUGGAAAAAAUGGUGUUUGACCAGAUACAAUGCUAUUUUACAGUAAAGAAAUUGACAACAAACUUUCAGCAUGCUUAUAGAGAAGGACAUUCAACAAGCACAUCACUUACACAAAUGACUGAUGAUUGGCUGAGAGAAAUUGAUGAUAAAAAGAUUGUGGGGGCUGUUUUGUUAGACUUCAGUGUGGCUUUUGACAUUAUCGAUCAUAGUCUGCUGCUGGAAAAACGUAUGUGUUAUGGCUUUACUCCACCUGCUAAAUUGUGGAUACAGAGUCACCUGUCUAACAGAACACAGAGGGUGUUCUUUAAUGGAAACCUCUCCAACAUAAUCCAGGUAGAAUCAGGAAUUCCCCAGGGCAACUGUCUAGGCCCAUUACUUUUUUCAAUCUUUACUAAUGACAUGCCACUGGCUUUGAGUAAAGCCAUAGUGUCUAUGUAUGUGGAUGACUCAACACUAUACAUGUCAGCUACUACAACGACUGAAAUGACUGCAACACUUAACAAAGAGUUGCAGUUAGUUUCAGAGUGGGUGGCAAGGAAUAAGUUAGUCCUAAAUAUUUCUAAAACUAAAAGCAUUGUAUUUGGAACAAAUCAUUCACUAAACUCCAAACCUCAAUUAAAUCCUGUAAUAAAUAAUGUGGAGAUUGAGCAAGUUGAAGUGACUAAACUGCUUGGAGUAACCCUGGAUUGUAAACUGUCAUGGUCAAAACAUAUUGAUACAACAGUAGCUAAGAUGGGGAGAAGUCUGUCCAUAAUAAAGCGCUGCUAUACCUUCUUAACAGCACUAUCAACAAGGCAGGUCCUACAGGCUCUAGUUUUAUCGCACCUGGACUACUGUUCAAUCGUGUGGUCAGGUGCCACAAAGAGGGACUUAGGAAAAUUGCAAUUGGCUCAAAACAGGGCAGCACGGCUACUGGCCCUUGGAUGUACACAGAGAGCAAUCAUUAAUAAUAUGCAUGUCAAUCUCUCCUGGUUCAAAGUGGAGGAGAGAUUGACUUCAUAACUGCUUGUGCUUGUGAGAGGUGUUGACAUGUUGAAAGCACCGAGCUGUCUGUUUGAACGACUGGCACACAGCUCAGACACCCAUCCAUACCCCACAAGACAUGCCACCAGAGGUCUCUUCACAGUCCCCAAGUCCAGAACAGACUAUGGGAGGUGCACAGUACUACAUAGAGCCAUGACUACAUGGAACUCUAUUCCACAUCAGGUAACUGAUGCAAGCAGUAGAAUCAGAUUUAAAAAACAGUUAAAAAUACACCUUUUGGAACAGCUGGGACUGUGAAGCAACACAAACAUAGGCACAGACACAUGCAUACACACACAUGAUAACAUACGCUCUAUACACACACGUACACAUGGAUUUUGUGUUGUAGAUAUGUGGUAGUGGUGGAGUAGGGGCCUGAGGGCACACAUUUAGUGUGCUGUGAAAUCUGUUAUGAAUGUAUUGUAAUGUUUUUUUUAAAUGUAUAACUGCCUUCAUUUUGCUGGACCCCAGGAAGAGUAGCUUCUGCCUUGGCAGCAGCUAAUGGGGAUCCAUAAUAAAUACAAAUACAAAUACUUAAGUGAUAAUGCCAGAGAAGCCGGUGUUUGCUGAUUUGUUUAAGAGACGUCUGGAUACUGUGUAUCAGGAUUUUGUGGCCAUUUACACAGAUGGUUCAAAAGAUCCAAGGACAGGACGUAGUGGGUCAGCAUUUGUAGUGCAGGAAUGUGGGGUGGCAGUCAGGAAACGUAUUACAGAUCAUCUGGCUGUAUAUACGGCGGAGCUGAUGGCCAUACUGUACAGUUUUUCCGCCGGAAUCACUGAAUCACUGGACCUUUAACUCCGGAUUCAUCGCUACCAGCUAGCUGCAACAAAAUGGACGCUGUGGUCUGGCUAAUCAUCCUGAGCUAGGCCCAUCUCCCGGCUAUCUACCUCUCUGUCAACCGGACGGGACCACCUAGUGUUGACACGGAGCCCCGCCGAUCCUACACGACUGGUCUGCCGACGAAAUCGUCUGAUGUGGUUACGACGUUAACCACGAAGAUUCCAUCUGCUAGCCCCGGCCCGCUAGCACACGCUAGCCGUGGCCUCUUACACACGCUAGCCGUGGCCUAGUGCUAGCCGCAGCCUCCGAACUAUCCUAUUGCUGUUCACCGGACCUUAUGAUACUCCUGAGUGGCGCAGUGGUCUAAGGCACUGCAUCGCAGUGCUAACUGUGCCACUAGAGAUCCUGGUUCGAAUCCAGGCUCUGUCGCAGCCGGCCGCGACCGGGAGACUCAUGGGCGGCGCACAAUUGGCCCAGCGUCGUCCAGGGUAGGGGAGGGAAUGGCCGGCAGGGAUGUAGCUCAGUUGAUAGAGCAUGGCGUUUGCAACGCCAGGGUUGUGGGUUCGAUUCCCACGGGGGGCCAGUGUAAAAAAAAAAGAUGUAUUCACUAACUGUAAGUCGCUCUGGAUAAGAGCGUCUGCUAAAUGACGUAAAAUGUAAAUAACUCAGCUAUACAGCUGAUGUCUGCUGGACUGUUCCUUUUUACAUUACUACAUCCUGUUUAUGUUUAGCCUCAGCCCAAACAUGGUUAACUUAUUGUUGUUUCGGUUAUUUCUAAUUGUACUAUUUCACUGUAGACCCCCCAGCUCAGCUAAACCUGCCUUCGAUAGCUCCUUUGUCCCACCCCCUAUACACGCGGAGACCGACUCAAUUGAUGCCUCCAGCGAUGCUAUCUCUUUCAUUGUUACCCAACGCUUAGGUUUACCUCCACUUUACUCAUAUCCUUCCAUAUCCUUAUCUGUACAUAAUGCCCUGAAUCUUUUCUAUAACACCCGGAAAUCUGCCCCCUUUAUUCUAUGUACCCAACGCACUAGAAGACCAGUUCUUAAAGCCUUUAGCCGUAUCCUUAUUCUAGUCCUCCUCUGUUCCUCUGGUGAUGUAGAGGCUAACCCAGGCCCUGCAGCCCUCAGUAUCACUCCUACUCCCCAGGCGCUAUCAUUUGCUGACUUCUGUAAUCGCAAAAGUCUUGGUUUCUUGCACAUAAAUAUCAGAAGUCUACUUCCUAAGUUUGAGUUAUUCACUGCGUUAGCACACUCCGCCAACCCUGAUGUUCUAGCAGUGUCUGAAUCCUGGCUCAGGAAGGCCACCAAAAAUUCUGAAAUUUCCAUCCCCAACUAUAACAUUUUCCGUCUAGAUAGAACUGCCAAAGGGGGUGGAGUUGCAAUCUACUGUAGAGAUAGCCUGCAGAGCUCUAUCAUACUAUCCAGGUCUGUGCCCAAACAGUUUGAGCUUCUACUUCUAAAAAUCCACCUUUCCAGAAAUAAGUCUCUCACUGUUGCCGCUUGCUACAGACCCCCCUCAGCCCCUAGCUGUGCCCUGGACACCAUAUGUGAAUUGAUUGCCCCCCAUUUAUCCUCAGAGUUCGUACUGCUUGGUGACCUAAAUUGGGAUAUGCUUAAUACCCCAGCCAUCCUACAAUCCAAACUAGAUGCCCUCAACCUCACGCAAAUUAUCAACGAACCUACCAGGUACAACCCUAAAUCCGUAAACAUGGGUACCCUCAUAGAUAUCAUCCUGACUAACAUAUCCUCUAAAUACACCUCAGCUGUCUUCAACCAGGAUCUCAGCGAUCACUGCCUUAUUGCCUGCGUCCGUAACGGGUCCGCGGUCAAACGACCACCCCUCAUCACUGUCAAACGCUCCCUAAAACACUUUAGCGAGGAGGCCUUCCUAAUUGACCUGGUCCCAGGUAUCCUGGAUGGAUAUAGAUCUCAUUCCGUCAGUAGAGGAUGCCUGGUUGUUCCUUAAAAGUAAUUUCCUCUCAAUCUUAAAUAAACAUGCCCCAUUCAAAAAAUACAGAACUAAGAACCGAUAUAGCCCCUGGUUCUCCUCAGACUUGACUGCCCUUGACCAGCACAAAAACAUCCUGUGGCGUACAGCAUUAGCAUCAAAUAGCCCCCGCGAUAUGCAACUUUUCAGGGAAGUUAGGAACCAAUAUACACAAGCAGUCAGGAAAGCAAAGGCUAACUUUUUCAAACAGAAAUUUGCAUCCUGUAGCACUAACUCCAAAAAGUUUUGGGACACUGUAAAAUCCAUGGAGAAUAAGAGCACUUCCUCCCAGCUGCCCACUGCACUGAGGCUUGGAAACACUAUCACCACCGAUUAAUCUACAAUAAUCGAGAAUUUCAACAAGCAUUUUGCUACAGCUGGCCAUGCUUUCCAUCUGGCUACCACUACCCCGGCCACCAACUCUGCACCCUCUGCUGCAACUUGCCCAUGCCCCCCCCCGCUUCUCCUUCACACAAAUUCAGACAGCUGAUGUUUUGAAAGCGCUGCAAAAUCUGGACCCUACAAAUCAGCUGGGCUAGACAAUCUGGACCCUUUCUUUCUAAAACUAGCCGCCGAAAUUGUCGCAACCCCUAUUACUAGUCUGUUCAACCUCUCUUUCAUAACGUCUGAGAUCCUCAGAGAUUGGAAAGCUGCCGCGGUCAUCCCCCUCUUCAAAGGGGGUGAAAUUCUAGAUCCAAACUGCUACAGACCUAUAUCCAUCCUGCCCUGCCUUUCGAAAGUAUUUGAAAGGCAAGUUAACAAACAGAUCACCGACCAUUUCGAAUACCACCGUACCUUCUCCGCUAUGCAAUCCGGUUUCCGAGCUGGUCAUGGGUGCACUUCAGCCACGCUCAAGGUCCUAAACGAUAUUAUAACCGCGAUUGAUAAUAGACAGUACUGUGCAGCCGUCUUCAUCGACCUGGCCAAGGCUUUCGACUCUGUCAACCACCGCAUUCUUAUUGGCAGACUAAAUAGCCUUGGUUUCUCAAAUGACUGCCUCGCCUGGUUCACCAACUACUUCUCAGAUAGAGUUCAGUGUGUCAAAUCGGAGGGCCUGUUGUCUGGACCUAUGGCAGUCUCUAUGGGGGUGCCACAGGGUUCAAUUCUUGGGCCGAACACUUUUCUCCGUGUAUAUCAAUGAUGUCGCUCUUGCUGCUGGUGACUCUCAGAUCCACCUCUACGCAGACGACACCAUUUUGUAUACAUCUGGCCCUUCAUUGGACACUGUGUUAACAAACCUCCAAACGAGCUUCAAUGCCAUACAACACUCCUUCAGUAGCCUCCAACUGCUCUUAAACACUAGUAAAACUAAAUGCAUGCUUUUCAAUCGAACGCUGCUGGCACCCGCCCACCCGACUAGAAUCACCACUCUCGACGGGUCUGACCUAGAGUAUGUGGACAACUACAAAUACCUAGGUGUCUGGUUAGACUGUAAACUCAACUUCCAGACUCACAUAAAGAAUCUCCAAUCCAAAGUUAAAUCUAGAAUCGGCUUCCUAUUUCGCAACAAAGCCUCCUUCACUCAUGCUGCCAAACAUGCCCUCGUAAAACUGACUAUCCUACCGAUCCUUGACUUCGGCGAUGUCAUUUACAAAAUAGCCUCCAACACUACUCAGCAAAUUGGAUGUAGUCUAUCACAGUGCCAUCCGUUUUGUCUCCAAAGCCCCAUACACUACCCACCACUGUGACCUGUACGCUCUUGUUGGCUGGUCCUCACUACAUGUUCGUCGUCAAACCCACUGGCUCCAGGCCAUCUAUAAAUCACUGCUAGGCAAAUCCCCGCCUUAUCUUAGCUCAUUGGUCACCAUAGCAGCACCCACCCGUAGUCUGCGCUCCAGCAGGUAUAUCUCACUGGUCAUUCCCAAAGCCAACACCUCCUUUGGCCGCCAUUCCUUCCAGUUCUCUGCUGCCAAUGACUGGAACGAAUUGCAAAAAUCUCUGAAGCUGGAGACUCUUAUCUCCCUCAAUAACUUUAAGCAUCAGUUGUCAGAGCACCUUACCGAUCACUGCACCUGUACACAGCCCAUCUGAAAUUAGCCCACCCAACUACCUCAUCCCUAUAUUGUUAUUUAUUUUGCUCUUUUGCACCCCAGUAUCUCUAUUUGCACAUAAUCUCUUGCACAUCUAGCAUUCCAGUGUUAAUACUAUUGUAAUUAUUUUGCACUAUAGCCUAUUUAUUGACUUACCUCCAUAACUUGCUACAUUUGCACACACUGUAUAUAUAUUUUCUGUUGUAUUUUUGACUUUAUGUUUUUACCCCAUAUGUAACUCUGUGUUGUUUUUAUUGCACUGCUUUGCUUUAUCUUGGCCAGGUCGCAGUUGUAAAUGAGAACCUGUUCUCAACUGGCUUACCUGGUUAAAUAAAGGUGAAAUAAAUAAAAAUAAAAAAUAAAAAAUACUGUUGGCCUUGCAGUGGGUGGAGGAAGUCAAACCAGACUUAGUAGUUAUUUGCUCUGAUUAAUGUGCAGUGUUGAUGAGGCUCCAGUUCUAUAGCUCAUGUAGCAGAAAAUACCUGCUUUAUGAGGUGCUACAAACCCAUGGCAGGGUUAGACAGAUGGGUAUACAGAUAAGAUUUACUUAGGUCCCAGCUCAUGUGGGGGUGGAGGGGAAUGAGGCAGUUGAUGUACUGACUAAACAAGCACUUAGUAGUGGGGAUGUUGAGGUUGUAGUUUCAAUGAGCAAGGCAAAAAGCCUGAAAUGGAUGGUGCACCAGUGAUGGUGCAGAGAUGGCAGGAGCAGUGGAAUAGAGAAAAUAAGGGAAGGCAUUUAUUUCAAGUACAGAGGAAAGUCAGGGAGGGGAGGACGCAGGAAGGGACAGAAGAGAGGAGGCUAUUUUUACAAGAUUAAGGGUGGGACACAGCCGGUUGGAGAAGACCUUAAAGUGAUAGGAAAGCAUCCAACAGGAAAGUGUGAUUAUUGCCAGGAAACAGAGACCGUGGAGCGUGUAUUGCUUCAGUGUGGGCAGUAUCAGAGGGAAAGAGAGAGGCUGAGCUCUCGUAUGAGGGAGAAGGGGAUACUGGACAUUAUUUUAAGGAGUAUGUUGAGUAGAACAUCAUUAGAGAUAGUCUCAAAUAUUUUGUUACGGGCUGGCAGGUAGGAUUUUGUUUCUCCCUGUCUCUGGCCCACACUCCAGUACAGUAGGUUGCGGUAAUGCACCAUAACGUUGGAUGCCAAUCGCCGAUAAACCCCACUGAAGAAGAAGAAGAAGCAAGCCGGUGUUUGGAGGAUAUGUUGGCACGGGUGUUGUUAGGCCCGAGACGAGGGCAUUAUCACUUUUAUACAACGGGUUACCAACAUAUUCAAAUAUAGAUUAACAUAUUUUCAUUAAAAACGUUGUUUUGAUGAAUUUAAUCUUACUAUUUCAUCAUUCCAUGAGAUAUAGUCCCAACACAAAUCUAGGGUUGCUAUCCAAGCCGGCUGGUCGGUCGUUCUAUCGGUUCGGUUGUCAGAGACGCGACCUAGUCGUUAAGUCUUUUUGUUUUAAAUCUAUGGACGCGACCCAGUCGUUCGUUCUAAAUGUUCCGUUGCCAUAAUGGCUGGCAACGUUCUUAUCCCUUGCUCGCUAGCUAGCAAACUUUGGCUAACACAGUCACGUCAAACAGUGUAGCCAUAAUAGUAGCAAAGUAGCUGAAUUUACGUUGGUUUAAGCUGUUUUCUAGUGAUUUUGGGGGGGAGACAUCCAUAGCAAUGAACUAAUGAUUUGCGAUUUCGCCUGGCACAGAACAUUUGCUCUCUCGCCAGGCCACUGUUCAGAAGAGAUAGCCAACUACACAGCUAACACAAUCACUUAAAACUGAAAAUGGAAUGACAGCAAACUAGCUGCAUUUCGUUUCAUUUUACCUGUUUUCUAUUGACAUUCUUUGUAUCCAUAAAAUUAAUGCCAGCUGAUUUAUGAUUUCAACUGGCUGAGAAAAGCUGCCUGUCUGUCUCGUCCCGACUCCUGACAUGUUCAUUAUAAUGGGACAGCUGUAGAUCGAAUUUCAAUAUUGAAACAAUGCUGCAAAUGUCAGAGACAGACACCAAGGUUUAUACAAAUCUCCGCUGUUGAAAAUCAAAUGCUAGUCUAAAAGAAAUGGGAGAUAAUGUCUAAAUGCUUUUUAUAGUGGAGAACAAGUUUAUAAAUUGCCUGGCUGGGCUGAUGAGACAGUGGAUUGCGCAGUGAGAAUGGACAGAGUAAAUAGGCAUUUCAACGUCAUAGUUUAGCUAGUGGUAACUUGUGGAAUAGACACCGGCUGGAAUGUGGUUUUAACCAAUUAGCAUCCAGGAUUAGACCCACCGUUGUAUAACAGACCAUAUACCACGGGUAUGACAAAACAUAUAUUUGUACUGCUCUAAUUACAUUGUUAGCCAGUUUCUAAUAGCAAUAAGGCACCUCGGGGGUUUGUGGUGUAUGGCCAAUAUACCACGGCUAAGGCCUGUUCGUACACACGACGCAACGCGAAGUGCCUGGAUACAGCCCUUAGCCAUGGUAAAUUGGCCAUAUACCACACCCCCUCGGGCCUUAUUAGUUAAAUAGACACUGGCUGGAAUGCGUUUUUAACCAAUCAGCAUCCAGGAUUAGACCCACCCGUUGUAUAACAGUACUUACCAUCCUCAUCACUCACUCACUCACUCUUUCUCUGUCUCUCAGUGGACUGCUGGGAUGGACCAGACGGGGAACCUAUCGUCCAUCAUGGCUACACCCUGACGUCCAAGAUCCUCUUCAAAGACGUCAUUGAAACCAUUAACAAAUAUGCCUUCACAAAGAAUCAGUGAGUACCUUUAUUUUGUCACGAUGUCCUGCCCAGGUAUAGAUAGCAAUAGAAAACCAUUCAUGGGCAACACACAUUCCAAUAUGUUAUGCCAUACAUCCCUAGGUACCCAGUGAUCCUAUCCAUAGAGAACCAUUGCACAGUUCCCCAGCAGAAGAAGAUGGCUGAGUAUCUGAUGGAGGUGCUCCAGGAUAAGGUGGACCUGUCUACGGUCAAUGUGAAUGAAUUCAGAAAGCUGCCCUCCCCAGAGCUCCUGAAAGGGAAAGUUCUAGUCAAGGUAAAGCCAUAUUUCUUUAUCAAUGUGCUGUGCAACCAAUAGUAGCAGUCAGUCAUUUCCAUAGUGGCGAUUUCCAAAUCAUAAAACUUUACCCAAAUAAAACAACAUUACAGAACACCUUCUGUGAAAAUAUUAAUGUAAUAAACAGACUGGUUGUUAUUCCUCAGGGAAAGAAGCUUCCAGCGAACAUUGACGAUGAUGCAGAGGAGGGGGAUGUGUCGGAUGAAGACAGUGAGGAAGAGGAAGAGGAGGAUGAAGAUGACAGCCAGAUAAACACAGAUGUAAGGACAUUACUACCGUUUAGCUAAAAUAGACUGAGGGUAAAAUAUAAAUGUGUCAAUGAGUAAAACUAUCCCAGGUCAUUUGUCAUGUUCCUAAAGCCCCUCUAGGUGGCAUAAUACCCAAAUGUGUGGCAUCAAUGAGUGUCUCAUUCCUGUAAGCCCAGUGCCCUUAUUCUUUGGGGAUAUCUGAAAACGAUUUCAAGUCAUGGCUGUUUGACAGUGGAUGUUAUGUGAAUUUCAUGUGUUUCAGUUUACCUAGUUACAAAUAUCUGAUUGCUGUACUUUUUUGCUGACUUCAGAGAACAAAGAAAAGCAUACCUCAUGAUUUUAUCAGGUGCUUUGUCAUAAGAUGAUGCCAAAGCCAUUAGGAUUUCCAUCAGACAGUGAGAUAGCUAGUUGGCUGAUUGAUUGUGUAUGCAUGGAGUCUAGAGUCUUGAAUAUGUUUGACUAUUUAAGGGGAACGCUGCUGGCACUGCAGAUGAAUCCAAACCCAAGAAACGCAGGUCUAUCAUGGGCAGCUUCAGACGCAAGGUCAGCCUAUUCUCUCAUACUACGUCCUAACCCGGUCUUCGCUUCACCACGCUUUCCAAUCAUGCUUAUGCAAAUGAACAUCGCUCCACUUCACCAUUCCUUCCGCCAUGCAAAUUAGUCUUACAGUGAGGGAAAAAAGUAUUUGAUCCCCUGCUGAUUUUGUACGUUUGCCCACUGACAAAGACAUGAUCAGUCUAUAAUUUUAAUGCUAGGUUUAUUUGAACAUUGAGAGACAGAAUAACAACAACAAAAUCCAGAAAAACGCAUGUCAAAAAUGUUAUAAAUUGAUUUGCAUUUUAAUGAGGGAAAUAAGUAUUUGACCCCUCUGCAAAACAUAGUACUUGGUGGCAAAGCCCUUGUUGGCAAUCACAGAGGUCAGACGUCUCUUGUAGUUGGCCACCAGGAUUGCACACAUCUCAGGAGGGAUUUUGUUCCACUCCUCUUUGCAGAUCUUCUCCAAGUCAUUAAGGUUUCGAGGCUGACGUUUGGCAACUCGAACCUUCAGCUCCCUCCACAGAUUUUCUAUGGGAUUAAGGUCUGGAGACUGGCUAGGCCACUCCAGGACCUUAAUGUGCUUCUUCUUGACCCACUCCUUUGUUGCCUUGGCCGUGUGUUUUGGGUCAAUGUCAUGCUGGAAUACCCAUCCACGACCCAUUUUCAAUGCCCUGGCUGAGGGAAGGAGGUUCACACCCAAGAUUUGACGGUACAUGGCCCCGUCCAUCGUCCCUUUGAUGCAGUGAAGUUGUCCUGUCCCCUUAGCAGAAAAACACCCCCAAAGCAUAAUGUUUCCACCUCCAUGUUUGACGGUGGGGAUGGUGUUCUUGGGGUCAUAGGCAGCAUUCCUCCUCGUCCAAACACGGCGAGUUGAGUUGAUGCCAAAGAGCUCGAUUUUGGUCUCAUCUGACCACAACACUUUCACCCAGUUCUCCUCUGAAUCAUUCAGAUGUUCAUUGGCAAACUUCAGACGGCCCUGUAUAUGUGCUUUCUUGCGGGCGCUGCAGGAUUUCAGUCCUUCACGGCGUAGUGUGUUACCAAUUGUUUUCUUGGUGACUAUGGUCCCAGCUGCCUUGAGAUCAUUGACAAGAUCCUCCCGUGUAGUUCUGGGCUGAUUCCUCUCCGUUCUCAUGAUCAUUGCAACUCCAUGAGGUGAGAUCUUGCAUGGAGCCCCAGGCCGAGGGAGAUUGACAGUUAUUUUGUGUUUCUUCCAUUUGCGAAUAAUCGCACCAACUGUUGUCACCUUCUUACCAAGCUGCUUGGCGAUGGUCUUGUAGCUCAUUCCAGCCCUGUGUAGGUCUACAAUCUUGUCCCUGACAUCCUUGGAGAGCUCUUUGGUCUUGGCCAUGGUGGAGAGUUUGGAAUCUGAUUGAUUGAUUACUUCUGUUUAAGAGUGUGCUCCUAAUCUCAGCUCGUUACCUGUAUAAAAGACACCUGGGAGCCAAAAAUCUUUCUGAUUGAGAGGGGGUCAAAUACUUAUUUCCCUCAUUAAAAUGCAAAUCAAUUUAUAACAUUUUUGACAUGCGUUUUUCUGAAUGUUUUUGUUGUUAUUCUGUCUCUCACUGUUCAAAUAAACCUACCAUUAAAAUUAUAGACUGAUCAUUUCUUUGUCAGUGGGCAAACGUACAAAAUCAGCAGGGGAUCAAAUACUUUUUUCCCUCACUGUACCUCACCAGCACAAAUGCAAAUCACAAACUCCCUUCACCACCCCCUUUACCAACACUAGUGUGUGAAACUAGUCAUUGUCAUCAUAGGCCUGCAUCAGCUUUUCUGUGUGAUUUCCCUGACAGUGCAGUGUAUUGCUUUGAGAGACAUGUUCUACUGCUCUAACAUCUUUCCAUACUCUGGUUAUAAUAGAAAUGUCCCCAUCUGGAAGACCCUUGUUGCACUAAAUGCUGACUGUUCAUGUCUUGUAUUUAGAGGAAAAAGAAGAAGAAAAAGAAGCUAAUGCUUAAUUUAGACCAUGCGGACCAAGAGAACCCCAUCAUGAGAGACAAAACACAAAUUGUGUACCACAACAAGUAAAGCCAUUCAAACAUGACAUACUGUUAUCAAACCAUUUACUUGAACUUUUAAACAUUGAUCCAUGCAUCCACUUAUCUCUGCCCAUCCCCUAUUCACCCACAGGAAAGGGAAGACGAUGAGGUUAUCCCGAGCCCUGUCUGACCUCGUCAAGUACACCAAGUCUGUCCGGGUCCAUGACAUUGAAACACAAGGUAGUAUCCACGUUCAAACAAAGUAAUUUCUGCUUAAUUCAACAAUAUCACAAGUUCUUUCAGCAUGGGAGUCAUUCUACCUCUUGGUUGUCAGUGUGUUUGAACCUAUGUGUUUUCUGGUUGGCAGCUUAUAUGACCAGUUGGCAAGUGUCUUCCCUCAAUGAGAGCAUUGUGAACCAGAUCAUGGCUCUGAAGCCAGCUCAGUUGGUGCGAUUCAACCAGAGACAGCUACUACGUGUUUACCCCUCCAACUACCGUGUGGACUCUAGCAACUUCAACCCACAGCCCUUCUGGAACGCAGGAUGCCAUAUGGGUAAGAGACCCUGCUCAUACAAUACCUUAAGGGUGCUUUGCUUUGCUUUGCUUAUAGAGAAAAACAAGACAGUCUAGAGGCAAAUAUCUCAACUUCAGUCUGAUUCAGAACAGUGGUCGUACUCUAAAAUAUAUUUCUUGUCUUGUGUUAUCUUUUCAGUUGCACUGAAUUACCAAACAGAGGGCCGCAUGCUUGAACUGAACAGAGCCAAGUUCUCAACCAAUGGCAACUGUGGAUACUUACUGAAGCCCAGGUGCAUGAAUAAAGGUGGGUACUAUUAGAAAACAAGGGUAACUGUAGUUGAAGCCAAAAUGCAGACAUGAGCAAACUGAUUAUACAAUUAAACACUAUAAAUGCACAGUAGUUGUUUCUCGGACUAAGAGUUUGCUGGCUGAAUGUUGCCCUCUGUGUUGCCCAGGUUUCUUUAACCCUACGCUGGAGGACCCUCUGCCAGGACAGAAGAAGACUCAAUUGGUACUGAAGAUCAUCAGUGGGCAGCAGCUGCCAAAACCUAAAGACUCAAUGCUGGGGGAUAGAGGGGAGGUGAGACAUAUCAGACAACCUCAAUUGGCCUCUUUUAUGUGAGGAGACUACAAGGCUAUUUGUCUUGUCACUUGUGCGUUGUAUGUGAAUGUGUCCUAUUUGUUGUUUUUGUAGAUUAUUGAUCCUUUUGUAGAGGUGGAGAUCAUCGGUCUGCCUAUUGAUUGCUGUAAGCAGCAGACAAGGGUGGUGGAUGACAAUGGUGAGCAUUGACCUCAGCUAUUUAGUUUCCUUUUUUUUUUUAACAAGGUGCUCAUUCAACUACGCAUUUUGAUAUUCUGUUAAACUUCUGUUGAAUGAAAAGCACUGAAAGGUUGUGGAAAUGCAAUUGAAGUUAAUAGUCUUCCUUCUCUGUGCCAUUGUAGGCUUCAACCCCAUGUGGGAGGAGAGCCUGGUCUUCACCCUCCACAUGACCCAGAUUGCACUGGUGCGUUUCCAGGUGUGGGACCAUGAUCCGAUAGGACAAAACUUCAUUGGACAGAGGACCAUAGCGUUCGUCAGCAUGAUGCCAGGUAAGGUAGCUGGAGGGAUUAACCAGGUCUCUACUUCUUCAUCAGAGAGAAGACAUUUGGAUCGUCAUCAUAACAAGUGUGCCAUUAUCAUGGAUUGCUCUGUAAAAACAAAACGCAUGUGAUUUUGGGAUUCAUGUGAUAACUGGUUGAUUUUACCUUAUAAUCUUUUUUUAAACAUUUUAAGGUUAUCGCCAUGUCUAUCUUGAGGGCAUGGAGGAGGCCUCCAUCUUUGUUCAUGUUGCUGUAAAUGACAUCACAGGAAAGGUAGGCCUAAGCACUGAGUUGAGUUUUGCUUUACCUUUAUUGCUGUAGUUGAAGAGUAAGGUUUAGAUUUUCUUUAACAUUGAGUCAAUUCACAACUCACUUUCUCUUGAAUUCAACACUUGUUUUCUGUCACAUAGGUUAAGCCAAGUAAUGCUGUAAAGGGUUUUUUGAAAAAAGCUACGAAGAAAGGGUCAGCCAAGGAGCCAAAGACGGUCUCUAUGCACCUCUCCACUUACUCAUCAGAGGACGUCCGUCAGCGGUACCGCAAGGACCUGGACUCCUACUCCCAGGAGAGCAGCGGGAACGGCAGCAUGUUACUGACACCUGCAGGCAUAGACUACCAUAGAGGGACUCAGAGCGAACCACUGAAGCGAGCGCACAGGGUGCAAAUUCUGGAGGAGGAAAUCCAGGGUGCUUCUCCAAAGGAGGAGAAAAAGAAGGAGGGGAAAAGGAAGGAGGGGAAAAGGAAGGGCAUCCUCGUCCGCAUGUCCUCCACCAUCUCCAACUCUGGGGCAUCCAUCCCGUGCAUCACAGCAACAAGCCCAGACCUGGAGGAUGUGUUUCAGUCGUCUCAGCCACAGAGUCCAGAACCAGAGAGCCAAAUGCAGUCGUUUCAGGCAGCCUGGCCAGAUCUGGAAGACCAGGUUCAGUCUUUCCAUGCACACUGGCCGGGCCAGGACAACCCAGGUCAGUCAUUUGAGCCUGAGUGGCCAGACCCACCUGAGAUUGAGGACAUAGCAGGAGAACCACUGACAAAGCUUAACAGUAAGCAUGCACCCCAAACUGUAUCAGAACAUCUGAAUCAGCCCCAACCCCAGCUCCAUCCCCAGGCCCAGCCCCAGUCCCUACCCCAGACCCAGGCCCAGGCCCAGGCCCAGCCCCAGUCUGAUCCUGAGGUCAUUCUCCGGAUCCGACACCCACCAUCCUCCCCUGUCAGAGUUAGACGGACCCUGGAGACCCCAGCCAGCCAACUCCCCUCCAACACGUCACGGACAAAGGCCCGCUCUCGCAGUGUUCCACGAAAGCAGCAUGCCUCCCCCAUCACCCCGGUAGUUAACCGCAGGGCUGCUGUGCACUGGCAGCCUCAGACUCCUUCCCCUCCUCCCCCCCAGAACCAUUGCAGCUAUGGCCACAAGCCCAUACCCAACGGCCUCUACCUGUCUGACAGUGACUCCAGCAGUGGUGGCAGUAUAGACAGUCUGAGUCUGGAGCUCCUGCCCUCGCGCGUGCCAGUCGGUGGGCAGAGGGAAGUGGGCACCCUGCAGAGAGAGAUGAAUGCCCUCUUUGACCAGAAGAUGAAGGAGAUCCGCUGUAAAUCCCCACUCUUUUUUCACGGUAAAAGUGACUCUUAUUAUACGAUAUAUUAUUAUAUUAUUAUAUCCCAGCUAGAGAGCAUGCCAAUGUUAAAGACGCAUUGUUUUUUGAGUCACAAAGUAUGUGUACCUGUAUGCUCAGAUCAUCGACAUUACAAAAUAUUUUGUUGAUUGAUGACCCUGGAAUUAUAAUAAUGACAAUUUAGUUUGCUGUGUUUUAUUUCCAGAUUACUCUACGCUAUAGUAAUCAGACACUACAAGGACCACAGCAGUGAGCAGCCAAUUGGAAUAAGCACGGGAGUAGGAAAUACACUUGUAAACAUAUAGCAUUACCUUGUAUGUAUCUAGAUGUAUGUACAAAUUAUGUCAUCUCCACAUUUGAGACCGAACAAGUUUAUUAGUAUAAGGUAAUCACUAUUUUUUUUGUUGAUGUGGGUAUUGUGAUUUUGCAUCAUGGUGCAUUUAUUGUAAAUAGAACGUAAUACCAAAGUGAAUCGUUCAGAAUGGAACAUACAUUCAUUAUUAGACUGGUUUUAUUGAAAGAUGUGCUCUAACUUUUACAUCAACAUCAUUCUAUUACAUAAUGCUUUUUUAUGUGUUGAGUUCUAUAAUAACAAAAACAUUUAUUUAAGUGAACUUACGGUUUUAUAGUUUUGAAGGAAUGUGCAAAAUGUGUGCUGCCAAUUGUACAAAAACAGUUAAAUAUUCUUAGUAUCAAUAAUAUGUAAAUGUCUAAUCUACUUUAAAAUGAAUAACUGCAUAAUUUAAUUAAUAACAGUAAUAUAUUGCUCUCAGUAUUUGUGCUGAUCAAAAGUACUGAAAUGUAAACUCUUUGAAACUAAUUAUUUUUCAUAAUUUACAGAUGACUUGACUUGGACCUUCAUGUUUAAUUUCUAUUUUUGCACCGCUCUUAAAUCUUUCUAAAUCAGUACACGUGAAAUAAUUUGUAACAGUAAAUAUACAUGUUGUUUUUCUCAAUAAAAUAUCUUAAACAUAAUACUGUAGUAUUGUUAAUUUACUCCACCUCUUUAGUAUGUUAUUUAUUACUCUGUUAAUUAACAAAUAUCAUAUAACAGCCUGGAAAUAGUCUGUAAGCAUUUCUGAUACACAGUGUUUCUUUGUGGUUCAAAAACGUAUCUAGAACCAAACUCAUGUCAAGACCUGCAUAGUGACAUUUGCUUUGUUAGGCCAUAUAUAAUAGUGUCUCUACUAUCAUUUCUACUCAUGCUUUGUCUUUGUCUGCAGUUUCCUGGUUUCUCUUCUUGUUGGUGGUGGUGGUCCUCAAGCGCUGA